GGCGGGGGGCGCGGGCACCGGCGACCCCGGUGGCGGCGGCGGCGGCCGGGGGAAGCCGCGGGGCCGGUCAUGCGGCUGCGGGGCCCGCGGCCCGGAGCGUGCGCCCAGCCCUGAGCGAGGCCCCGCAGGGCGCCCCCCGCCGCUGAGGAUGAGUCACUGCAGCAGCCGCGCCCUGACCCUGCUGAGCAGCGUGUUUGGUGCAUGUGGCCUGCUACUCGUGGGCAUCGCGGUCAGCACUGAUUACUGGCUGUACAUGGAGGAGGGAACGGUGCUGCCGCAGAACCAGACCACGGAGGUCAAGAUGGCACUGCAUGCCGGCCUCUGGCGAGUCUGCUUCUUCGCAGGCCGGGAGAAGGGUCGCUGUGUGGCCUCGGAGUAUUUCCUUGAACCGGAGAUCAACUUGGUGACGGAGAACACGGAGAAUAUUCUGAAGACGGUGCGCACGGCCACCCCGUUCCCCAUGGUCAGUCUCUUCCUAGUGUUCACGGCCUUCGUCAUCAGCAACAUCGGCCACAUCCGCCCACAGAGGACCAUUCUGGCUUUCGUUUCUGGCAUCUUCUUCAUUCUCUCGGGCCUCUCCUUGGUGGUGGGCUUGGUUCUCUACAUUUCCAGCAUCAAUGACGAGGUCAUGAACAGGCCCAGCAGCUCUGAGCAGUAUUUCCACUAUCGCUACGGGUGGUCUUUUGCCUUCGCUGCUUCCUCCUUCCUACUCAAAGAGGGGGCUGGCGUGAUGUCCGUGUACUUGUUCACCAAGCGCUACGCAGAGGAGGAGAUGUACCGUCCGCACCCGGCCUUCUACCGCCCGCGUCUCAGCGACUGCUCCGACUACUCGGGCCAGUUUCUGCAGCCCGAGGCGUGGCGCCGCGGCCGCAGCCCCUCCGACAUCUCCAGCGACGUCUCCAUCCAGAUGACGCAGAACUACCCUCCCGCCAUCAAGUACCCGGACCACCUGCACAUCUCCACCUCGCCCUGCUGAGGCCCGCCCCUCGGCGCUCCCUCUUCCUCCUUCUCUUGCUCCUCCUCCUCCUCCUCCUUCUCUGGGGUCUCCGGGCCCCACAGCUCCGCUCCCUCCCUCGGGACUUCUCGAUCCCUCCGGGAGGAUGCUGCGCACGCUUUAGCCCCGCCCUCUUCCCGGUGGCCCCGCCCCGCCGUCCUAGCCCCUCCUACUUUCCAAGGGCUCCUCCCCCUUCUGGGCCUCUCGACCUCCUCGGUCCGAUCCACUCGCAGACGGACCCUCCCCUUCCCUCGGGGCCCGCCCCUUUCCUCUGGCCCCGCCUCUCCCCUCCAGUUUCCGGGCCGCGGUUUCCCUGCUGCGCGCAGUCCGCGCCUGGGGCCCGCGGGGCAGGCGCGCACCCAGCCGGAGACCCACAGCGUGCUGCCUCGCCGCAGGGGCGCCGGGCUGGAGAGUAGGUUCGGCAGCCGCCUGGAAUGCCAACCAUCCUCCUCUCCCCUCGGCCCCGACUUCUCUCUUUCCCCCGCACGAUCUCAUCUCCGGACCUUCCGGGUCCGCGGGUGCAGCGGCCGGUGUUCCUGCUGCGCCCGCAGCUGCGGGGUGGGGUGUGGAGCGGGAGGCCGGGGCUUGCUUUACCUGGUGUCCCCCCCAUCCCCUGGGAGGCCCCAUUCUUCCUCACCCGCUGGGCUCUUCUCGGCCUCCUGAAGGUCACCUGCCUUUUAGGGGGCGCCGUCGGAAGGAUCUCCUUGCUUUCUCAGCUGCCCUUGGCUUCUUUUUCUUCCUCUUCUAACUCAUCCUCCAGCUCUGUCUCCCUCCUUUCUCCCCGCUCACCCAACGCCCCUAGGUGCAUCUAGCCCCGCACGCCACACGACAGCGAUGGAGACCCUAGGGUGGAGGGAAUUCCUCCGUGCCAUUUCCACACCUGUGCCCGCCUCUUCCCCCUCGAGGCCCCGUCGGGGGAGGGAGAGGCAGUAGCGGGGGUCGAAACCCCCCAAACCUCCAAGUCUUCCAUUUUCUGGCACUCCCCCUCAUCGAAGUCCCCCUUCCCAUCUCAGACCCCCAACUCUGGCCUCUUUCAAGGGUCCGUCCGCCCCCUUGGACAGAUCUGGGGGCAAGGUCACCAGAAACUCGCCCUCCCCCCUUAUUAGGGGAGCGGGGGCGAGGUAGCACAGUGUUGUACACGGAACCAGAAAGGCCCCCGGGGUGGGG